ACGUGAUUUGUUGAAGAAGUUUCAUAUGGAAAAUGCUUCACCUGUAAGCACUCUAAUGGAAGUUGGGUUGAAGCUAACUAAGGAUGAUGACAAAAGAAUGAUUGAUGCAACUCUUUGUAGAAGUCUUGUUGGUAGUCUUAUGUACUUGACUGCAACAAGGCCGGAUCUCAUGUUUGCUGUAAGCCUAAUAAGCAGAUUCAUGGAGUCACCAAGGAGAAUCCAUUGGGAGGUUGCUAAAAGAAUCCUACGAUAUGUACGUGGAACAAUUGAUUAUGGCAUACACUAUGCAAGAGUUUCAAAUUCAAGCUUGGUUGGCUACAGUGAUAGUGAUUGGAGUGGAAGUAUUGAUGAUAGCAAAAUCACUUCUGGCUUUGUUUUUCAUAUUGGUUCAGGUGCUAUCUCAUGGGCAUCAAAAAAACAACCAAUUGUGGCACUCUCUACGGCGGAAGCGGAGUAUAUUUCCUUAGCCUUAGCGGGUUGUCAAGCAUUAUGGCUAAGGUGGAUUCUACAAGAACUCAAGCAUUCUCAAAAUGAAAGAACAAAACUGUUUUGUGAUAAUAGUUCGGCUAUUGCACUUACAAAAAAUCCAGUCUUUCAUGGAAAAAGCAAGCAGCCAAGCAUAUUCGAAUCAAGUAUCAUUUUAUUCGAGAUUUGGUCAAAGAUGGAGAGAUUGAGAUCAAGUAUUGCAAAACGGAAGAUCAAAUGGCGGAUAUUUUCACCAAGGCAUUAAAAGUUGAUGCAUUUAACAAAUUGAAGAAGAAACUUGGCAUGGUCAAAGU